AUUAAUUAGUUGAUUUAAAUGAAUUUAUAAAAGUGCUGGAAAUACAAAAUUUGUUCAAAGUUUUUAUGUGAAACAUACGUGAAAUCACUGUAAAAGAUGAAAAACAAUCGAAGAGUUUUUAUUUUGAAAUCGUUAAAUAAUCAUUUUUAAUUUUAUUUUUGUGGAAAAAAUUAAUUAAUUAGUGGAAAUAUGGCUUUAAAUUGGUGUGGUCCAGUUUACCUGGCCACACUUUGUUUCUUUUUAUUUUAUCCAAAUGGUGCCAAUUUAGUGCCAGGCGAGAGAAUCAAUUAUAAUUUAGUGCAUUCAUGGGCGGAUAAACUAGGCAUGGAACUGUUUCAUUUAGGUGAUUUCAUCACUAGAAGGAAAGAAGUUCAAGAGAGUUUUAAACAAGCUCAAGUGGUCUCUAGAUCUGGUGCUAAAAUUGUUGAAAACAUGGCAAAUGAAAUCGAAAUGAUGAUGGAUCUAAAAAUCAGCGCUGUAAAGCGCAUUAUGGACACAGCGGAAAAUACUGCACUAUCACAUCAGCAUUUGAAAGGCGAUAAAUUUUUUUCCUAUUACAAUUCCAAAGAAAUGAUAGAGCCGCAUGAGCCAAGUCCAACAGCACCGCCACGUGAACUAGAUGAUGCUGGGGAGCCAAAAAUAUUUGUACCGCCAAAAGAAAUAGUGCUUACACCCAAAACUGAGUUUUUUAAUAUGGCAGUGAACUUAAGCGUCAGUUCAGUGCAUGUACCGACGAAUGUAUUUGACCGAGCGUUGGAUGUUAUAAAGGGUAUACAAUGGUCGGAAAAUUUGGAUCAAAUAUUUCGUGAUAAUUACAAAAAUGAUCCAACGCUUUCAUGGCAAUUCUUUGGCAGUUCGACUGGCUUUAUGCGUCAAUUCCCGGCAUCGAAAUGGAAAACGGAACCGGUUGAUUUAUAUGAUUGCCGGUUGCGUUCAUGGUUUAUAGAAGCAGCAACAAGUCCAAAGGAUAUUAUUAUCCUUAUGGACGGUUCAGGCUCAAUGAAAGGACAGAGGCUAGAUAUCGCAAAGCAUGUUGUAAAUACAAUACUUGAUACAUUAGGUACAAAUGACUUUGUGAACAUCUUCACCUUUAACGAAGAAGUCCUGCCUGUUGUUGAUUGUUUUGAGGAUGCACUUGUUCAAGCAAAUCUUGCUAAUAUUCGAGAACUAAAAGAGAAAAUUGAAGAUUUUAAACCCAAAUCGAUUGCCAAUUUCACUGCGGCAUUGACAAAAGCCUUUGAAAUAUUGGAAGAUUACAAAGACGGAAUUAAAGGAGCACAAUGCAAUCAAGCAAUUAUGAUAAUCAGCGAUGGAGCACCGUUUAGUUAUGAAGAAGUUUUCGACCAAUUUAAUGGGCGAGAGCUGCCCUUUAAACCAGUUCGCGUAUUCACAUAUUUAAUUGGUAAAGAAGUUGCCGAUGUGAAAGAUAUAAAAUGGAUGGCAUGCGCUAAUCAGGGUUAUUAUGUACACCUGAGCGAUAUGGCUGAAGUACGAGAAAUGGUAUUAAAUUACAUACCAGUUAUGGCAAGGCCAUUAGUAUUAGGUCGGCAUGAGCAUCCAGUAAUUUGGACGCAAGUAUACGCAGAUGUAGUGGAUAUGAAGAUGUCAGAUUGGCUGUGGGAAAUGAAGCAAUGUGACGAUCAACGUGAUGAUGUUUUAGAAUAUCGCAGAGUAAGAUAUCGUAUGCUAGAACCCGAUGAGGUACAUCGAAGAGAUAUCAGGCGAAAGAAACAGGCUUGGAAUCAACCAAUCGAUUCAGAUGUAUAUCAAUUUAUGAUAACAGUGUCAAUGCCCGUUUUUGAUCGACGUGAAAAUGCGACCCGAAUAGCAAAUUUACUUGGUGUGGCCGGAACAGAUGUCCCAAUAAGGGACAUCAAAAAAUUGCUGUCGCCAUUUCUACUCGGUGUGAACGGGUAUGCUUUUAUAGUAACCAAUAAUGGAUAUAUAUUAUUCCAUCCAGAUUUUCGUCCAAUUUUUCAAAGCUAUAUACUUAAACCCGCCUAUAAUAGCGUUGAUAUGAUUGAAGUUGAAUUAUUGGACGAUGAUCGAGCGCCAAGAGACUUUAAUCCAGUGUUACUUACGAUUCGAGAUUCCAUUAUAAAUCAAUCGACAGGUAGCAAAUGGAUGUUGGUUAAAAAUCAUUUCGAUGAAAUGAAACGUGUUGCGCGUAUUAAACGCCAAUACUAUUGGACAGCGAUUAAGAAUACACCAUUUACUCUUGUGAUCACUUAUCCAGAACAAUAUGGUGUAAAUCGCUUGCAAAUACGCAUUGAAGAUGAUAUACAUCGUCUUAAUAUUAAAGGCAGCAAUACUCUUAACUAUUUCAAUGGUAAACGAUGGAAAAUACACCCAGGCUGGCUAUAUUGUAAACAUAGCAAUAUGACAUUUGCCGCACCGGAGGAUGAACUUCUAUGGUUCUUAAGUAGAAUGUCACAGCCAGGGUGGAAGUGGCCAUUGAGUAGAAGUGCUUUACCACCGGAACAUACAGCAGCAAUGUUUUCUAACAACACAUCCUCUGGCCGCAUUCUGUCAAGUAAUGAAAAAGAUAAAAAUUACUAUUGUGAUCGUCAAUUGAUGCAAUCUUUAGUUUUUGAUGCAAGAGUAACUGAAUGGUUCUCAAAGAACACUAGCUUCAACUCAAAAGAUGAUAAGGGCACAAGUGCUUCAAGCCCGAUUGCGGUUUUAAUGGGUUUGUUGCCAAGAAAUGAGUUUAAGCAACGAUUUGGCAUCACAGUUGCAUUUCUUGCCACUCACAGUGGUUUAACCAGAUGGCAAGAAUUUCAUUCAAAUAAUGCUGAUGAAGUUGGGGCGGGUGAAUCAUUUAGUGAAAGAAAUAAACAUUCGAUUGAUGAAAUUUGGUACAAACGUGCAGUAGAUCAACAUUUUGUCCGGGAAGAAAGUUUCGUGUAUUCAGUGCCAUUUGAUGCUGGAGACUCAGGUGGAGAAACCAUUGUAACUGCUAGUCACGCUAUUUUUCAUACCGAAGGUGGUAAAUCGGCUCCAGCCGCUGUGGUUGGCUUUCAAUUUCAACAUACAGCCCUAUUAAAACUCUUCCGUAAUAUAACAGGCAAUGCUUGCGCAAUGGACGAUAAAGGUUGCUAUAUAUUAGACAAUAAUGGUUUUGUCAUUAUAUCACCGCAUCGUCAAGAGACUGGAAAAUUUUUUGGUGAAAUCAAUGGUUAUAUUAUGCACCGCUUGGUUGAAGAAAGAGUGUAUAAACGUGUUACUGUUUACGACUAUCAAGCGAUUUGUUUUCAAUCUAAUGGAGACAACAAUUCUUCCAAUUACUUAUUUUCGCCCUUACUCCAUGUGCUACGCAUAGUUAAAUGGCUGCUUUAUACUUUAUUGUGGUAUAUUGUACAAAUGCAUGCGGUAACUGCUGAGUUUAUAGAGCAAUAUACGGAUGAAAAUUUGACCUUUUACCAACCUAGUACGAAAAACACCGAAUGGUUAAAAUCAGUAACAUUGCAGCGCACACGGCUCAAAUCAUGCGAUAUGCAACGUCUGUUAUAUACAUUGUACAAUGACAAGGAUAAUGUAGUCUAUAAUAUAACAGCACAUGCAUGUGUCAGGCCCUUUGUUGUGUUGCCUAUACCAGCGAGUAAUCUAAUAUUACUCGUCAUCGAUCAGGUGUGCCCUAAGGAAUAUACGAUGGAGUUGACCGUAAAUCCCAUCGACAUUAAUUAUCAAUUAGAGGGAAAUGAUACAUUAGCAUGCUAUAAGCAUGAUCGUGAGUUCACAAGAGUACGUCCUGUAAGUUGUAUUAACAGGCAUGUUAAUGAAAGUUCUAUCGAAUUGUGCGGCAAUGCUGGAAGUAUUUUCGCAAAUAUCUUAUUACUACUUAUUUGCUUUAUUGUUAAUCAAUUUCUUUAACAAUAAUUUAAACAGAUUAAGGUUUAAACGUUUUUGUAAUUAUAAAAUAUUUAUUGUAUAUUAAAUUAGUAUUUAUGCUUAUGGUUUUUCAUAGAUUUUAAUGGGUAAAUUG